GAACCUCUACAGUGCUAUAUGGACGCAUGGAGGCGCUGAUGCACUACCAUGCCAAUCUGCAAUUUUAUGGGGGACAACUGUCUCUGGCAGCCAGGGUACUUGUAUAUUGUAAUCAGACAUAGAAAUAUCUAACGUCAUAGAUACAACGUUCAGGUAAUUUAGCUGAUAAUAUAAUCUCGUGACAUUUUUCAGUAGACAAGCAACCUUGCAAAACCAGCAGUCAGUAGAAAGGCAAGACAGCUAACGUUACUGUUAACGUAGCUAGCUAACAAACACAUAUUUUGGGGGUUUAACGUAAUUAAUAAAAAUGACAACAACAUACAGUGUACAACUGUGUAUAUAUACGACCUGUCAAAAGGAGUGGCUCGCAAUCUCAGCCCCAUCAUGUUAGGAAAACAACUUGAUGGCAUUUGGCACUCAGCCAUUGUGGUUUAUGGAGACAAGUUCUACUUUGGAGGAGUGGGUAUUUCCAGCUGCUCACUGGGUGGAACAAUGCUUGGUUCCCAAGACAUUGUGGUGGAAUUUGGAAACACAGAGGUGACAGAGGAGAUCUUCAUGGACUACCUGUCCUUGCUAGGAGAGAACACAUACAGAGGUGACAAGUAUAGGUUGUUUGAGCACAACUGUAACACCUUCACUAAUGAGGUGGCCCAGUUCUUAACAGGCCGGAAGAUCCCUUCUUACAUCACAGACCUGCCCUCCGAAGUGCUCUCCACACCCUUUGGUCAGAUACUCCGGCCUAUACUGAUCUCCAUCCACAUCGCUCCUCCUGGGGGGAACAUCAUCAACGGUCGCCACAGCUGAACUGCCUGAGCUGCACACAGUAGAAUUUAGACAUGUUCUAAUUUACAUUUUCAAAAUGGAGGUGGGUUAUUGACAAAACCGUGAAGGGUGAAUCUCAGUGAGUCUAGUCAGUCACACUGCUUUUGUACUGCGUAUGCUUGCUUUUAGUAUGAUUGUUUUGUAACUCCCCACCAGCAAUGCUCUCGCCCUUUUAGUAUAUUAAAAAAAAAUGUCGAUUCAGUUUCUAGUUUUUGUUUACGGACCUUCCUUGUUCAAAUCAAAAUCAAAUCAAAUGUAUUUAUAUAGCCCUUCGUACAUCAGCUGAUAUCUCAAAGUGCUGUACAGAAACCCAGCCUAAAACCCCAAACAGCAAGCAAUGCAGGUGUAGAAGCACAGUGGCUAGGAAAAACUCCCUAGAAAGGCCAAAACCUAGGAAGAAACCUAGAGAGAAACCAGGCUAUGUGGGGUGGCCAGUCCUCUUCUGGCUGUGCCGGGUGGAGAUUAUAAUAGAACAUGGCCAAGAUGUUCAAAUCUUCAUAAAUGACCAGCAUGGUCGCAUAAUAAUAAUCACAGGCGGAACAGUUGAAACUGGAGCAGCAGCACGGCCAGGUGGACUGGGGACAGCAAGGAGUCAUCAUGUCAGGUAGUCCUGAGGCAUGGUCCUAGGGCUCAGGUCCUCCGAGAGAGAGAAAGAAAGAGAGAAUUAGAGAGAGCAUACUUAAAUUCACACAGGACGCCGGAUAGGACAGGAGAAGUACUCCAGAUAUAACAAACUGACCCUAGCCCCCCGACACAAACUACUGCAGCAUAAAUACUGGAGGCUGAGACACCUUAUUGCCUCUAAUGGUAUGAUCCUGAUCUGAGGGAAAGUUGCACAACAUUAACUUUCUCACAGAUCCUCCAAUAUCAUCAAUAUGAUUUAUAUGAAGGUUGGCAUGUAUCUCAAGUCAGGGUUUCAGCACGACUUCCAAUGGACUCCUUCCACCAGAUGGUGUGUGCUUUAAUAUACACCUCUAUGCCUUCACCUCUCUCACCUUAGUGUUAAUGAUGCUGAUAGUGUGAUAUGAAUGCUGAAGUGCACAAAAUCUACAUUAGUUCUCUGGAUGAAGAAACAGACCAUGCGUAUCUUGUAUGUGUUUGAAAUCAUCUCAGAAAUGUGAUUUAUUAUGAAAAAGUUCGUACAAUUAUGGGGUCAAGUUUGGCGUCACAUCAUACAUAUUCUUGUAUAAUUUUCAUUGGGCCAUCAGUGGGAGCAAUAACUCUUCACAUAUCUAUACUUGUUAGACUAGGCAUUUCAUAUAAGUCCUCUUAUUAAAUGCACGUAUUCACUGCAACUCCUAGCACUGGUUAACUAUAGCGUCAUUCAGUAGAACAGUACAGUAAACUGUAUGUUCUGUAGAAGACAGCACCUCUGGUAUCGCAUCAGACAGGUAAUUACAGCAUAGCAUGUCUCAAAUGGCACCAAUAGGUGCUUGUAUCUUUUAGUGAAGGAGACAAGGCCCGUCACCUUGGUAUGUUGCUCACAUAACCACCUUCAACAAUCAACCUGACCAAUGAAAUGUAUUGUACACCUCAUCCCUAUGUGUAGUUUUAUUUAUUUCAGAAUCAGUUGCUGGCUGCUAAAUGUAAUGAUACAUUUAAGUUAAUAAAUAUGAAUACAAUAUUAGUUAGGUUGUUGGAUGAUAUUGUUUUUGCACAUUGUUUGCUUGUUGUUUUGUAAUUGUAUUUCUAAAUAAAGCCAUUCACUCCAAA